AUAAGGACUGGGAUCCAGCCUGAGUCCACAUUCUCACUUUAAUUUCCAAGUCCUACUUUGGAAUAGCUGAUAACUUGAAGAUGCGUUUCGUUUAUGGAUUGUUCUUUUAGGCUGUAGUGGGAAACUUUCCAUGCAAUUGUUUCCAAGAGCUCUGAUUUCCCAGAGACAGAGGAGCCAUGAACUGCCUGCUAAGAUGGACACUCUUCCUCUGGAUAGUAAAUUCCAUUCCUUGCACUGUGGGAAUGGCGGUGAAUGAGAGAACAGAUAAGUCCUGUCCAUCUCUGAAGUUGGAAGAAGGGCGAUUUUCGGAAAUUUUGAACGGCACGUUAGACUUCACAGGGUUUGAUCUGACUGAGAAGUUUCUGCUUCGAAAGGGAACCGUCACAGACGACAGGCCGUCAUUCAGACUGGGCAGCAGCCCUCUCAUCAAGCCCACAGAGCUGGUGUUUCCUGGAGGCCUGUCGGAGGAAUACUCUCUGGUGUCCAUCUUCCGCCUGAGAAAGACCACUAAGAAAGACCGUUGGUACCUCUGGCAGAUUUUCGACCGCCUGGGAGACACGCAGGUGUCCGUGGUGCUGGACGGGGCGAAGCGUGUGAUGGAGUUCUCGGCCCAGGGCCUCCUGAGGAACAGCCUCCACUACACCUUCAGGAGCCGCGACCUUCACGUCCUGUUCGACCGCCAGUGGCACAAGCUGAGCCUGUCUGUUCAGAGCAACAUGGCCUCGCUCUAUGUGGACUGCAGGCUCGUGGAGAGACGGCCCACGGACGAGAAGGACGCCGUGGACUCCAGCGGCCGCAGCGUCAUUGCCACGCGCGUCCAGGACGGCAGGCCGGUGGAUAUUGAGCUGCUCCAGGUCCUGGUGUUCUGUGACCCCUACCUGGCUGAGCUGGAGACCUGCUGUGAGGUUCCUGGCUCCAAGUGCAGGACCAGGGAUGUCUCCGAGGGCACCGUGCCCCCUCAGGAGCCGGGCCAGAGGCCCCGGAUGCUGUCCCUCCACCCCCACCGAGUCUCCAGGCUCCCUCAGACCCCCAGCGACAGAUGCCAGUGCUCAGCAGAGAAGGGGGACCCCGGGGUUCCAGGGUCGGCAGGGCUGCCUGGACAGAAGGGCGACACGGGAGACAAGGGGGAGGUCGGCCUACAGGGAACUCCCGGAGACAAGGGCGACCCAGGUACCUCAGGUGCCCUGGGGGAGAGCGGCACUGCUGGACAGAAGGGGGAAACGGGAUCUCCCGGAGAGCCAGGCCAGGAGGGGAAACCAGGAACCAACGGUCUGAAGGGACAGCAGGGACUGCCUGGCCCUGCAGGCUCUACGGGGGGCAAAGGAGAUGGGGCACUAGGACCCAGGGCAUCUCGAGGGCCAAAGGGGGAGCGGGGUGUCCCUGGAGUGCCCGGGGACCCAGGGGAGAAAGGGGAGCCUGGGUCUGGCCUUCCUGGAUCAUCGGGGCCCAUGGGACCACAGGGGAAGCCGGGGGUACAGGGGCCUGUAGGAACCCCUGGGCUACCUGGCCCUGCAGGAGUGCCUGGAAGAGAGGGUUCCCCUGGCCGUGCCGGACUCCCAGGCCCCCCUGGGGAACGGACUGCCUUGCCAAUCGUGGGAGAUCUGAGUGUCCUGCUCAAGAAUGCCUGCGGCGCGUGCCAGACGCGGUCCCCAGGCCUGCCGGGGCUGAAGGGGGACAAGGGCGGCAUGGGGGCCCCGGGACCUGAGGGCCUCCUGGGGGAGAAGGGGGAUCCAGGUGUGCGGGGUCCUGUUGGACAUCCUGGCAAAGAGGGACCCAAGGGGGUGAAAGGAGAGAGAGGAUUCUCUGGACCAAUUGGAGACAAGGGAGAUGAGGGCUCUCCGGGCGUUCCAGGGUUACCAGGAGCAACCGGUCGUCAAGGCUCAAUCGGCCUUAUGGGUAGGCCAGGUCCCCAGGGCCAAUCAGGACCUAAAGGAGACACGGGGAGUGAAGGACCCCCAGGCAGCCCUGGUCUCCCAGGCCCUCCGGGUGUUCCUUAUGUGGAGGGCAAUGGGAUGAGCAGCCUGUACAAGCUGCAGAGUGGAGGAGCCAGUCUAGGCCCCCCUGGACCCCCUGGAGCCCCAGGACUCAAAGGAGAUGAGGGAAGAGCAGGAGAAGUAGGGCCUAUGGGAUUGCCUGGUCUGGAGGGCCUUCCAGGUGCUAAGGGGGAUAUGGGCAUGCCUGGAGCCCCAGGACUACCCGGCCCUCUGGGGAAGCCGGGAGUCGAUGAGAGGCAGGGAUUCCUGGAGACCCGGUGA